GCUUCUCCCUACCUUCUUACCCCUUCUUACCUUCCUGCCUUGCUGUGCAAUCUUACUCUCUUUCCCUCCUUCCUUCUCCCCCCUUCCCCUCCCCCCUUUCCCACCUCACUCUCGUUUAGGACGAAUUGGACCUUGUCUCUCCUUUCCUUUAUUUACGAGAACAUUCGUACCAACCUUGAAACGAAAGUCAAGCUUAAUUGCAGGGAGCUUGGAAAGAUGAAGUACGUUCUUGUUUCUGGAGGUUAGCAUUUUAUUUUAUUCUACCUCCCCCUCCCAUAUUUUCGGGUUCGGUCAGACUCGGCAGUAGGGGACUAAUUGUGGGGAUUGAACCAUAGGUGUGAUCAGUGGGAUUGGGAAGGGUGUUAUUGGUAAGUGGGCUUGUUUUGUUUUUGAUUGCAGUGUGAGAUGCAGUUCGCGCUGAUGCAUGUGUUCAGCCUCUUCGACUGGUCUGCUACUGAAGACUAUCGGCCUUAAGAUUUGUCUCCCCCUUCUGGGCUUUCAUGUCCCCCCUCGCUAAAUUAUGAUUUCACGUCUCGGCCAUCAAGAUCGAUCCGUACAUGAAUGUCGAUGCAGGAACUAUGGCUCCUACCGAGUAUGUUUCCCGUUCCUUCCUCUCACGAGAUUUGGGAAGUCGGGAAGCUAGUUGCUUGUUGCUGAUCGGCAGCGGUUAGGCAUGGAGAGGUGUUUGUCCUUAACGAUGGUGGUGAAGUUGAUCUAGACCUUGGCAAUUACGAGAGGUACCUUAAUAUCACGCUUACUCGGGAGAAUAAUAUCACUACUGGGAAGAUUUAUCAGCAUGUCAUUGAGCGCGAGGUUUGUCCCCCUCUCAUCUGUUCCUGGUGUUGUGAGGGAGAGUUUUCUAAACCCGGAGGGGAAAUAGCGACGUGGCGAUUACCUUGGGAAGACGGUCCAGGUCGUUCCUCACCUUACGGAUGCUAUCCAGGAUUGGAUUGAACGUGUAGCUCGCAUUCCCGUCGACGAGACUUCGGAGGAACCGGACGCUUGUAUAAUUGAGUUGGGAGGAACUGUGGGGGAUAUCGAGUCUGCACCCUUCAUUGAGGCAAUGAGACAGCUUAGACGUCGUGUUGGGAAAGAAAGCUUUUUACAGAUUCACGUUUCUUUGGUCCCGGUCGUUAAUGGGGAGCAGAAGACGAAGCCCACCCAACAGGCCAUUAGAGACGUUAGAUCUGCGGGUCUCGCACCUGAUCUUGUAUGUCUAUCGUAUGUACACCACAGGCGCAGUUCUGAGGCUAAUAUAGAGCAGAUUGCAUGUCGCUGCCAGGAGCCGCUGAGUAAAGCCACCGUUGAGAAGGUUGCGGCAUUCUGCGAUGUUGCCCAUGAACAGGUAGUUGCGGUUCACGACGUUAAUUCCACAUACCAUGUCCCACUUCUUCUUGAACAGCAAAAUUUGAUUCGCCCCCUCACAUCUGUAUUGGAGUUGGAGAAGCUCAAUAUUGCGCCGGCGCUCUUUCAGAAGGGUAUCGACAUCUGGGAUGAGUGGAAGUCUCUUACCCUUGCGCAAGACAGACUUUUUGAUAAAGUCAACAUUGCGCUUGUAGGAAAGUACACUAAUCUACACGAUUCAUACUUGAGCGUUGUUAAGAGUUUAGAGCAUGCUUCUAUGAGGUGUGGGCGUAAAUUGAACUUGGUUUGGGUUGAGGCCGAGGCUUUGGAGGACCACAUGAAGCAGGAGAAUCCAGCCAAGUUUCAUAAGGCGUGGCAUGAUGUCUGCACUGCUGGGUAUGUUUUGUUUACCCCUCCAUUUAGGUGGAGAGAUGCUAAUGGCCCGAGACUAGCGGUAUCUUGGUUCCUGGUGGAUUUGGAACUCGAGGAACAGAGGGGAUGAUCGCAGCAGCAAAGUGGGCUCGUACUAAUAAGACUCCCUACCUUGGUAUUUGCCUCGGAAUGCAGAUGGCUGUGAUUGAGUAUGCUCGGCACGUCAUUGGACUUAACGGCAUGUUUAGGGUAAUUUGAUUGGAUAACAUCAGCUAUCACUAACAUCAUCACAGAUGCUCACUCGGUUGAAAUUUCCGCUAAUGCCACUGAUCCGGUUGUCAUCUUCAUGCCUGAGGGAAGUAAAACCCAUCUUGGUGGAACCAUGCGUCUUGGUAUUCGCCCAACAAUUUGGCAGCCUGGCAGUGAGUGGAGUAAGCUCCGCCAACUCUACGGUGAGAAGGAGGUCAUUUUGGAACGCCAUAGACAUCGUUACGAAGUCAAUCCUGAGUAUAUCGAGAGGUUGUCUGGGUUGAACUUUGUUGGGAAGGAUGACAAGGGUGAAAGAAUGGAGAUCGUUGAGUUGAAGGAUCACCCUUACUACGUUGGCGUUCAGUUCCAUCCAGAGUACCUGUCUAGGGUGUUGAGUCCUAGCAAGCCGUAUCUAGGUUUUGUGGCUGCUAGCGCUGGGUAUUUUCCUCUUCCCUAUUAAUAUAUGUAUGGGCUGAUAAAUUAAUAACCACAGUGUCCUCGACCAAGUGCUUGAGAAACUCCAGAAAAUUCAGCCCGCGGCGGUGCCCGCCUCUGCCCCAGUUAAAUCAAACGGAACCCUAGAAUAAAAGGCGUUUUACUUUUGCUUUUCAACUACCUGCCUACUUUGUCUCUGGUUCCCUGAAGAGAAACAUGCUUGGCACCCUCACUAUACGUUGAAUGGCGUUUUUCUAUAUGAUAAUUGUGGAACUUCCUAAUGAAUAGAUGCGUGGUUCAAUGAAAGCCUUCAUGUGAAGGGGGAAAAAAGAGCAAUAGUCAUAUAGACAAAGUGAGAUUUGUUACUCCUCACAACUCCCCUUCUGCCUCUCCUCUUCCAUCCUGCUCAGCUCUUGUAAAAUCUCUGUUCCAUACGCUCCUAUUUCCCCUUCCAUGUUCGCCGCCUUCUGCGCCCAAAUCUUGGCACUCGAUAUAUUCCCCUUAUCCAUUAAUAGCUGAGCGAGAGCAACAAUACUCUCCACAUGGCCCUGAGAGGCGGCAACGAGAAACCACUCCUCAGCAAACUUUGCCUCCCUCU